CUCUGGUGAGUCUUCGUGUCGUCGCUGAUCAGUGAGGGAGGUUAACUUCAGCUCAGUGCAUAAAAUUAAUCAAAGAGACUUCAUUUAUUGUGGGGAAAGCUAACAAUAACAGGAAUUAAAGUAACCGUUGGUCACAGAGAAUCACAAAAAAUGGUCUUCGACGUUUCCGAUAUAAGUGAUUACACUCUCAUAGAAAACCCGUCUGAUGGUGGUCAGAAAAAUCUGGAAGAAAUGUUUGCUAGCGUUUGGGACCUGGAAGAAAGACUUGGGAACUUUCCUUCUACCUUAGUACCUUCGAUGAAGUCUGAAGAAAAGGCUAACAAACUUCGAGUUCUUGGUGACCGUUUCUACGGGGAAGGGAAACUGGAAAUGGCUUUGUCUCUCUACAACAUGAGUUUAAUGAUAGCACCGCACCCAAGGCUGAACAAGAACCUGGCAUCAUGUGUUGGUCAAAACAGAGAAAAUGAGAGUUGCAAUUCAACUUACAUAGACCCUGCAAUGUACAGCGGAACACCCGAAGGAAAAUGUCGAGCUUUGGCAGAUGGGUUUGCCAGCAGAGCAAUUGUGUUAUUUAACUUGAAAUUACACGACAAAUCUCUAGAAGAUAUUGAACUGGCUUUGGGAUAUGGAUGUUCAGAAGAACUGUACACAAAGUUGGUUCUUAUGAGAGAAGAACAGCAAAUGACAAUGAGCAGACUGAAAAAUACCACUGAAAGAAUAAGAAGAGGUAAUGAUCAUGAUCAGAAUAUUAAACUAGGGCAUGCUGAAUCACCGCUGGCAUCAGAGGAUUCUAGAGCUGAGGAUCACAUUUCUCCUUUUAAAACACUGUUGACGUACAUUCCGAGGCCUCCCCCAUCCCUUGCAGAACCAAGUGCAUCUGCACCUUCUCUCAGCAGUGCAGUAAGAGUGGCCAUGACUCCGUCGUCAGGGAGAGGUUUGAUAGCAACGCGAGAUAUCUACCCAGGCGAGGUGCUGGUUGUCGACAAAGCCUACAGCGUAGGUCUGGACAACGAGGAGCUUUCCACCUACUGCUUGUCUUGUCUCCGCCUCUGUCUCAUUCCCCUUCCUUGUCCAGGAUGUUCUGAGGUUGUAUUUUGUAGUGAACUAUGUCGGCAAACUGGUCUUUCAAAUGAACACUGGAUCGAAUGUAAGGUUCUCUCUACACUGAUAGACAUGAAUGUACCAUCUACUUAUUAUCCCCACAAGAUGCUCAAGAGCCUCACUUACAGUCACGUCACCGAUAUUUUAAAAAAACUUCAGGAAGAGGAACAUGAACAGCCACAGCAGCUUGCAGGUUUCAGUAAGGAGGGCGUGUACAGUUCCUCCUCUUAUCAAGCUGUUCGUCAUUUGUGUACCAACAAAGAAAAAUUUUCACCAGAAUUCCUUCUCAGGCAAUGCAAAUAUGCUUACGUAUUUACUAAAUUGCUUGAAAUGAGUGGGAGAUUCUUUAUUUCCGACGAUGGUGAGCCCCUGGAAUACAUUGGCCGUGGUGACUUCAUAACUACAGGAGCUGUGCUUUUAACGCAUAUAUUAAUGAUACACAGCAACCAGUUUACAAUUUCAGAUCAGAAUAAGGCGAGUAAGCAGAUUGGGUCAGGACUGUUUCUCACGGCGAGUCUCGUCAACCAUUCUUGCUACCAGUCGACCACUCGCUAUAUGUGCGGCAGAAACCUGGUAUUGGUUGCAAGGAGACCCAUUCAGGCUGGAGAAGAGGUGACUGGAACCUAUACAACCGAUUUCUCCCGACGAUCUUUACCGAUGAGAAGGGCCAUCCUGUCAAAAUACCACAUAGACUGCAAUUGUAUUGCUUGUGCAUAUCAGUGGCCUACUUAUGAUCACCUUCCCAAAUUUAGAUGCAUUGAAUGCAGGCAAGAGGCUACAGACAAAGUGGAAGUUUGUUUAAGCUGUCGUUCGAAGGUACUCCAUUGUUCAAGCGGCGAGAUAAGUCUACCAGACAAGGAAGAAAUAUGGAGGGACACUGUGCAGAAAAUAGACCAAGAAAUAAAGAAGGCAAUGACCGUGGAAAUCAAACUCAAGAAUGGCGAGAGAAUUUCAGAGGUUGAUUGCAAAGCUUUAUGUCAGUGCAUUGACACUGCCCAUAGGUACAUUGGUGUCCCCUGUCAAUUUAUUUGCUCUCUCGAAAAUACUUUGCUAAGCUGUUUUUAUGCUCUAUAAACCGUUAGCAUCCACAGAUAAAAUUUUUAUUUCUUGAUGUACACAUUUUCUUGGAUUCCUUUUCCUAUAAUAAAUUUCUGAAACGCUCUUUUAAUAAAUUUUCUGGUCAAA